AUGGCUGUGGCGCCGAAGUGUUUUCGGAUAUCUGCAGUUCCACCCGGUUGGAGCGACGAUGACUUGUUUGAUGCUCUCCGGACCGUCGAUCCAUCUCUACACAAUCGGAAUGAUCUGUCACUAUAUCCGGCGUGUUGCGGCUCGACUCAGACUGCAUUGUUGAAUUUGCAUACCUAUAGCCAGUACUUCCAUAGCAUAGAUGUCAAUAAAUCGACAUAUGAGCGCGUUGCAAAAACCGCCGUCAGGACAGACGCCCUUCUUGUCAUCGAUUGCCACUUCUACGACUUUACACCUUUGAACACACCGGACGGGAAUAUACUCGCAGAUGUAGUCGCGGUCACGGGCCUUGCAGGCGUUUGCGUAUGGAUCCUGGCGCAGCCGCGAAACCCAAAAAUGUGGCUGAAAGACUUUUUGCCGCGCGACGUCAAGAACAUCAGGAUCAUGACUUAUGGUUACGAGAGCAGUCUGACCGGGCCCCGGACAUCCUCCACGAAAAUGGUUGACUACAGAACCCACUUCAUCCAGCAGCUCAAAAAUUCGAGAAGCGGUGCCGAAAAUAGACCAAUCAUAUUCGUGGGGCAUAGUCUAGGAGGAAUCCUUAUUCUGCAGGCCUUGGUGGACUCCACUCUCAAGGACCCAGGAAAGUCUAUCCUGGGUGCAACGCAAGGGAUUUUCUUUUUUGGGACGCCACAUCAGGGUCUUCGGGUUGAAGAACUACAGUCCAUGGUCGAGGAGGGCUCAGAUACAGACCGGCAAAGACUAAACUUUCUCGCGCAGCUGGAGGAAGGCUCAGACUUUCUUGUCAACCAAAUUGAGGUUCUUGCACCCAUAUGGCAGACUUUCCAACGGUGUAUUAUUAGCUUUUACGAGACGAUGAAAGCACCAACUGUUAAGAAGGAAGCAAUUGGUGCGGUAUUCUUUCAUGCCUUCCUUGACCACGUCCUUCUAAGCCAGCGAAAACUUGAGUCCCCCUCGAAGUUACCAGGUGACCGCUACUACACCUUGCCGGAGUUGCUUGACGCCGAUGACCACGCGCAGAUGGAUGCUCUACUGUCUGUUCUCCAGGUCCAACAACCGUCAGAACUUUCCAUGAUCAUCGAUAGGCUGUAUAUGGUCGUACCCCAUGGCGAUCAGUUGCUAUGGGAACGAUUCGUCACAGAACUUUCGACAUUCAUCGCAAACUUGAGUGGGAGUGGGCUGAAGGUUAGGGUUCUACUCACGAGCCUACCACAGACAGGGGUUCCGGCGUAUUCCUUAAGCGAAUGUCUCAAUGCUUUUCACUUUGAUAACACACGCUACGGUAAAAUCUCCAGGGAACACCACGGCUCCUUAGAGUGGCUCUGGUCCCACCAGAAGUACCGGAACUGGUCGACGUCGGAGAGUUCCAGCCUGUUAUGUAUCGGUGGAAAGCCCGGGAGCAGAAAAAGCACUCUUGUUAAGUAUUUCAAAGACAAUCUCCUUGAACGAGAGCCACAGACACGCCCGACGAUAAUUGCAUCGUUCUUUUACAGCUUCCGAGAGGGCGAACGCCAAACCAGUCACUACAACAUGCUUCGCUCAAUUCUUUACGAUGUCUUAAGUCAAAAUAAGUUCCUGUUUUGCUACUUUCAACGAGAGUACUGGAAAUAUCAGGCAUUCGCAUCAGGUCGGAACCUCCUUGAUGAUCGUGACCCCAUGAGUGAACGCCUUCAUUUCAUUAUCGAUGCGGUCGACGAGUCAGAUGAGUCCGACAGACACGAUAUCCUUCGGAUGUUCUUCGAGCUCUGUUCCAAGAAAGAAUGCACUGUGAAGGUGUUUUUCGCAAGUCGACCGGUUGCGGAGCUCGAGGAUUUCAUCAAGUCGCCCGAAGUUAUACGGAUGCAAGAUAUGAAUAAGCCCGACAUACUCAACUUCGUAGAUGCUUUUCUCGGUCCAGAAUUGGGGUUCUCCGACGAUAUCCUUCGCAGAGCUACAGGAUACAUACUCGAGAACGCGCAUGGAGUAUUCCUGUGGGUGCACUUGGUCAAAAAAGAACUGCUCAGAUAUUCAGCCAGAGGUUGCUCCAAGGGGGCAAUCUUUCGAUUCUUAGAGAGUCUUCCCACAGAGCUAGAAGGGCUCUACCAACGAAUGUUCGAUGAGUUGCAAGGUGGUUCGGAGGAGGAUAUUAUCGACGGAAUAAAGAUGUUCCGAUUCAUCCUAUUCAGCCGCCAAUCCCCUACCGUUGCAGAGCUCCAGCAUGCGCUAGCUGUGCCAGACGGUCCAGGUGACGAAUUCGGGGAAGAAGACUUCCAAGACUGCAUGAUUAUAGACAUGGAGAAACGGAUCGUCCACUGCGGACGAAACUUUUCAGAAUCAAAGGAUACAACGAGCCCAGUGUUCAGGUUGCCCACUCUUAUUAUCUGCGCCGCAAACACGACACCAGAGGAAGGUUCGCCGGGAACCAAAUCUUGGGUGUUACGGAACUUCGAGGAUUACGUUCGAUAUCUAGACAGCCGACCCCUCCUUAACUACGCGAUGAGCUUCCUGAGAAGCCACAUGCAAGAUUUGGAAGGUUAUCCUACGUUCCAACUAUCUGCUCUCGUUUCCGCGCUUGUUGAGCACCUGACACCUGGAAACCCCGCAACUUACCUCUUUGGCGACUGGGCUCACAACUCGUUCUCUGACUUCGGAGAAGAUACGGCAAGCACCGGUCGAUUUAAGCGUAGCAUGUUGUUGACUGCGGAAUUGGACGAUAAGACCCUGCUGGUAGUCGUCGCCCAGAAUGGCCACGAUUCGACAAUACGGAUAAUCCUUGCGUGUGGUGGCAGGAUGGAGACGCAGACACCGUUGGGGCAGGCCUUGCAUGUGGCUGCGUUGGGAAGACGCGAUUCCACUGUCCGGCUACUUAUCGACGGUGGAGCCAAUCCCGAGGCCAUGGAAAACCAUAGACGUACUGCACUACAUCUGGCAGCGAAGAGUGGAUACGACACUACUGUCCAACUACUCCUUGAUCAUGGAGCCAAAAUCGAGGCGAAGGACAAAUGGCACAAUGCGGCGCUGCACCUAGCCACCAUGAAUAGAAAAGAUUCCACUGUCCAGCUACUUAUCGACCGUGGAGCCAACACCGAGGCCAUGAACAAGCAUGAACGUACUGCACUGCAUCUGGCAGCUACGAACGGACACGACUCUAUUGUCCAGCUACUCCUUGAUCAUGGAGCCAACAUCAAUGCGAAGGACAAAGAGCACGAUACAGCGCUGCACAUAGCCGUUAUGACUAAGAGCGAGGAUACGCUUCUAUUCGAAGCGGGGAAUGUAGCGCUACACCUAGCCCUCAUGGGCGGACAUGAUUCCACUAUUCAACUACUUCUUGACCACGGAGCCCAUAUCGGUGCGCACGAUAACUACGGACUUAUGACGCGAGACCUAGCGACUAUGAGAGGACACAAGUCGACUGCCCGACUAUUCGCAGACUUUCGGUUAAAGCAAUUCCAAGCAUCUGUUGCGGCACACACGCCAGAAAGCUGGUCCAACAGCAAUCUCCAAAACGACUCAAAUCGUUAUCCCCAUUUGGGGCUAUAA